AUGAAUAAUGGAUUAUCACAUCAUCCUUUAGAAUUAAUUCUUACUAUUGUUAUUGUUAUUCCUUUAAUUUAUAAAAAAGUGGGGUAUUUCAACUUUAAUUGGACAAUUACAUCUAUUGUUUAUAACACCUCAUUCAGUUUUUUCUUCUCAUCAAUAUUAAUUAUCCUUCCUACAAUUAUGUUGAUUGUUAUCUUUACAAUUAUUAUUAUGUUAAUAUUUCAUAGUAUCAUUUCAUUAAAUCUAAUAGGAUAUCCAGGCAUUACACCACCAAUGGGUUUUGUUGCAAGUGUCUUAUUAAUGAUAUUUUCUAAUAUGUUUUAUUAUAUCUUUGAGUCAAUAAUUACAAUGUUCCUCUCAGCGACUGUUUCAUAUAAAUUACAUGAAAACAAAGGGCUUCAUCCAAUAGAAGCAUUAAUCAAAACAUUUUCAUAUCGUUUAGGAUCAGCAUCAUAUGCUAUUGAAUCUAGUUUUAUUUCAAUGGCAAUUUCAUUAUGCAAAUUACUAAUAAAGAUACCAAUUGGUACAACAUUUAUUGGAAUGAAAUUAAAAAAAUUUAUUGAAGAAAAUAAUUCAACUCAAACAUCUAUUUCACCUUUUGUAUUUAUCGGAUAUUAUGGACAUACUUAUAUUCAUUCUAGAUGUGGACUAAAUGAAAAAAUUAAACAAAGUUCAAUGAGUAGUAUUUUUGAUGAAUUACAUUUAAAAGAAUUAAUUAAUAUCUUUGAAUCAAGUAUGUGCGGAUUAGUCAUGACUCUUGUUCUUCUUCUUUCCUUCAUAUAUUAUGGUGGAAGUGUUUCUUAUUUUACAAUAUUAUUACUAAUGUGCUCUUCUCAAGUGAUUGGUUUAAUUGGAACAUUAAUUAAAUCAUUAGGAGAAGUUAUGUUAUUUGACUGUAUUGAACAAUUAGCUGAAGGAAAAGUAUUAAAUGAAUUUACUAGUUUAAUACAGAAUUUGAGUAAUAACAUUCCUCAGAAUGGGUAUAAUAGAGUGAAUUAA